UGGUUUUGCAUAAUAUCGUCCAUUGUGGCGGUACAGGCGUACGAAGAAAUGGUUGCUGAUUUGAUUAAGUCAUUUAAUAUCCCCAAAUCAGUUAUUGGUGUUACAUGCUGGCCAGCGAGCAAAAAGCUUUCAUUUUACUCCAGACUAGCCGAGCAGAACAUUAUGAUGACAUUCACAAAUUCCACUGAUAUUGUUGACAGCAUUAACGAGAAGCAGCAAAUUAUUUACAUGCUGGACCUAGACUGUCAUUACGUACGAGAAGAUUUGAAAUCGAACGAUAAUAUUCGGUCCCCAUACCGUUGGAUUAUUUUUGGUGACAAAACUGAAAAUAUAAAUGACUUUGCAGUUAAUGUACCUGUGGAUACGGAAGUACUUGUCGUCAGUCAAACAGUCGAUUACUAUGAUAUUUAUUAUAUUUACAGAAUUAAUUCAAACGGACCAUGGGUUAGAGAGAAUUACGGUUUUUGGACGAAAAAAAAUGGAUUAGAGGUUUUGAAUUUAGAACAAGUGGUUGCGGCUCGGAGGCUCAAUCUUCGCGGAUUUGAAUUAAGAAUAUGCUAUGUACUGACCAAUAACGACAGUAUUAAUCAUCUAACUGACGGAAAGUUCGACCACAUCGACACAAUAACCAAAGUGAACUUUCCGACCACGAAUCAUUUGAUCGACUUCUUGAAUGGAACUAGGAAGUAUGUUUUUACGGAGACCUGGGGGUAUAAGCAGGCUAACAACACCUGGAAUGGAAUGUCAGGGUAUCUGGCUAGAGAUGAGGUGGAUAUUGGAGGGUCACCAAUGUUCUUCACUUCUGAAAGGUUAUCCAUAUUAGAAUACAUCUCAAGUCCAACGCCUACUCGGUCGAAAUUCGUGUUUCAACAACCCAAACUAUCGUAUGAAAACAACCUUUUCAUAUUGUCCUUCCAAGCGGCACUUUGGUAUGGAUCCUCUGCACUUAUCUCUUUGACCUUUCUGGUGCUCUUGGCUGUUGCCGUAUGGGAGUGGAAGAAAUAUGGUUCUGAAAAUGAAAAGCGCAUUAAAAACGCCGGCAUUCUAAGGCCGAGUGCUGUAGACGUGGCUUUGUUGACGUUUGGAGCCACCUGCCAACAAGGAAGUCCUGUCGAACUUAAAGGCUCACUCGGGCGAAUGGUUCUUCUUCUACUGUUCGUCUCUCUAACGUUCCUCUACACGUCGUUCUCGGCUAACAUCGUGGCGCUACUUCAGUCCAGUUCCUCGGAGAUCAAGACGCUGUCAGACCUCCUCAACUCGAGGAUCAAAUUUGGAGUACACGAUACUGUGUUCAAUAGAUAUUAUUUUGCUACGGAGAGCGAGCCAAUUAGACGGGCUAUCUACGAGAAGAAAGUGGCACCGGCCGGCGCGAGACCACGAUUUAUGGACAUGGAGGACGGCGUAAAGGAAAUGAGAAAGGGUCUAUUCGCAUUCCACAUGGAGACAGGUGUGGGCUACAAGUUCGUGGGGAAAUACUUCGAGGAGGGGGAGAAGUGUGGGCUGAAAGAGAUACAGUAUCUGCGGGUCAUCGACCCCUGGCUGGCCGUGAAGAAGGACACGCCUUUUAUGGAGAUGUUUAAAAUUGGAACAAAACGCCUCCAAGAACAUGGGUUGCAGCAGCGCGAGAAUCACCGUCUAUACGCCAAACGACCCAAAUGCUCAGGGCGUCAAGCUAACUUCGUUUCGGUCAGCAUGGUGGAUUGUUACCCUGCUUUACUGGUGCUAUCGUAUGGAGCACUUAUAUCCGUGUUCGUGGUUAUCAUAGAAGUGCUGGUGAAGAAGAAACGUCAGAUACUGAUGAAGAUUAAAGGAAGAAAGGAUGUGCUUUAAA